AUGUCUAAAGAGAGCAACGAAGAGGAUAGGGUGGUGGGAGAUCAGGCAGACCUUAAUCUGUCUGUGUGUGGUUGUCUGGAAGGUGUCCGAAGUGAGCAGCGUAAAGGAGCUGGAGGAGACAACCAGACAGGUAGAGCUACGAGGAGACGGCGGGGGGAGAGAGGACUGACCUUUAUCUGUACGUGCAUGGUUGCCUGCCAGGUGUCCGGGGAGGGCAGCGAGGAGGAGACUGAAGACGAGGGCAAGGGGGAGGCGGUGGUGACGGAGGAGAGCAGCGAGGAGGAGGCGGAGGGGGAGGCCGGGGCGGACCCGGGCGGCGCCGGGGACUCGCUGCGGCGGCGCACGCGCCUCAAGCUGGCCGGCGACGCGCGCGUGGGGCGGGCGGAGCGGCGCGCGCGCCGGGCGCUGGCCAAGCUGCCCCUUCGGCCCCUGGACGGCUUCUCGCGCGUCGUGCUGCGCCGCCGGAAGAAGCCCGCCUACGUCAUCGACAAGCCAGAGGUGUACAAGUACCCGCUCGGAGACACAUACCUCGUGUUCGGAGACGCCAAGCUGCAGCCGCUCAACAAGGAAGCGGACGGCAAGGUAAAUGAAGUGCCUGAAGACCCCGAGCAGGCCUCAUCUCUUGAUAGUGAAUCCGAUGGCUUGGAAGACUUAUUCGGAAUAGAUAAGAAAGAUGUGGAGAUGGUUAUGUCCCAAGCAAAUGUGUCACGCACGACAGCUGUUAGAGCACUUCGAAAAAACAGACAUGAUAUAUUUAACACCAUAAUGGACCUCACUCUUUGA